AUGAACAAUUUACGAGUAGAAACUAGAUAUUACACGCCAGAAUUGCUGGAAUUAGGCAUAUGGUUAACAGAAGAGGAAUAUCGCAGGAUGAAUACCGUUAUUGUUUGCGGGCAACCUGAAUCGCCCGAUCUAGAACCAUUAAACUCCGACCUAGCGGAUAAUGAAGCAGUGAUGGCCAAAGAUCCACUAACGUUGUCCAACGUGGAACACAUUCCGGCAAUUUCGAAGCACGAAGUAAAGAAUGACGUAACUGAUGACGACAGUGUGUCUACCACAUCGAGUAGCUCAACGGACUCAGAGUCUUCAGAAACAACAGAUACUGACAGCAAUACCAGUUCUACUUCCGAGUCGUCCUCAGAAUGCUCAGAGGAUGACAGUGAAAGCAGCAGUAGUGGCUACAUUUACACGAGUACUCCUCUAGGUAAUUAUGGUAAUUAUAUGUUGGCACCAUAUGUUACCAGACCCACUAUCUCACGAAAGAGACUUCGUGGUAGACGCUUGAAUUUUGAUGAUUUGAGCUCAGAAGGUGAUCCGCUGGAAAGUUCAGUUGAUGAGGGUGAAAGUGCUGAACCUAAGGCAAAACCCGUAGCAGUGGCUGAAUGGAUUGAUGAUAUGGAGCAAUUUUAUGGAUUAAGGAACCCAAAGUGUAACAAUACAGAGGAUGAGGAAUAA